AUGGUCACCAUCAUCACCCUCAUCACAACCAGGGGACAGGAGUUCGGUUCUGGGCCUGGUUCUGGUGUUGGGGGCCCACCAUCCAUGGCGUCCAUUCUCAACAUGAACCACCACCAGGGUGGACUGGACACCAGGCAGCAGAGCGCCUUCGUCCUCAGCUCGCCCCCUCUUGCCGCUCUGCACAACCUCACAGAAAUGAAAUUUCCCUCGACAUCCUCCUCGUUUCUCACUCAGGACUAUUCCCCGGACACUCUCAAACAAAUGCAGGUGGCUAUGUCCCACGCACUCUCCACUCCCCAUGGAAUCAACGAUAUUCUCAGCAGACCCCACGCCGCCCUGGGUCUACCCAGACUUAACACCAGCAUGUACAUGGGCCACCAUACUCGGUUCCCCAAACUGGCCGAACUCCCGGGCCGGCCGCCCAUUUACUGGCCCGGAGUGUUGCCGCAGCCCUGGAGACCGCCAGGCUCCUGUCAACGCUACGGGUCCCAG